AAAUGGCGUCCAAAAGCAGCAGCUUCAUGGAUACGCGAGCUGAACUUGCCGAACUUGUGAAGCGAAAAGCCGAAAUCGCGGAUACACUGGCGAACCUCGAACGGCAAAUAUAUGCAUUCGAAGGCAGUUACCUGGAGGACACGCAGCUCUAUGGAAACAUAAUACGAGGCUGGGAUCGGUACUUGGCACCGAAUAACAGGAACACGAACAGCAAGGCAGACAAAAGGAACCGCAAGUUCAAGGAAGCCGAACGUCUCUUUUCAAAGUCUUCCAUCACUUCCAUGGCUGCUGUGAGUGGCAUUAUAGAGAAGGAUGAAAGAGAGCGCACCAACAGCGAGUCCGAGUCGCAAAACCAGCAGAGUGGUAGCGAGGAGAACGGGCCUGUGUCCUCUCUGCUGCCGCCGCAGGGAGGCUCCGCCGUGGCUGGCGGUGGGGGCUCAAGCAGCAGCACUUCGAGCAGCAGUUCGGGUGGCGCGGUCAACGGGGGGCCUGGUGGGCCACAGUCGCCAAACCCAAGUGCCAGGUCACACAAGGGGAGCCUGCCUGCCUCCUCCAUGGCUUCCCAGCACCACCAUCACCAGAGGGGCGUAGCGACACCGUCAUCGUCCUCUGCAGCAAGCGUCAAAAAGUCCGCAAAGAAGUUUCGCAGGGCCGUGGACGAGUGAACAGCCAUGUAACUUGGGCCUGGAAAAGGAUCCAGAGAAUCCGUUCUUUUCACUGGCCAUAACCUGGCACCUGUCUUGUGGACGAGAAUGGCAUAGCAGCACGGCUCACGCCUCCACUGCUGUGAUUGUGCCUGGAGGGAAGUCAACGAAGACUUUGCGUAAAUGCAUAACCUUUUCAGCGCACUGAAAAACUUGGGAUGAACAGCGUAUGGACGCGCCCCUACGUAUACUAGUGCCGUAUGCGAGAACACUUCAAUCAUCCUGCUUACUACAGUGUGAUAAAAAAAAGGUUACUGCGAGUUUUCAUCAUGCCCAGUCAUGUGUUCUUUCAAGUUGUAAAAGUGAUGUUGCAUUGUACAGUGCAGAUUGUAGCAUCAUGUAGUUUCUGCAUUAAAGUCAUCAUCCCAUUACAGUUA